AUGCCUUACCGUCGGGUUUCGUUGUACCGAAAGUAUUUUUAAGCGGGAAGAAAUUAACAAAGGAGAGAAAGAAAAAAAAAGAUGUUGUUUUGUUUUGGGGUUUUUUUUUUUUGUAACUUCUUUUUUUUUUAUUGUGUAAACUAGAGAGGAAGCUGCAACAGUAGUAUUGAACGAUGGCAGAAAGUAAGACCUGGUCAAACACAGCAAGUAGCAGCUACACACAACAUAAUAGAGAUUCCAUGAUUUGGACAUCUACAAGUAAGAAAACCAACUCUAUCACAAGCUGCUGCAGCAAUAACAGUAGUAGUAGUGAUGAAGAAGACCAAGAAGAAAUUCAACGACUUAGAGAAGCUGCCAUUUCAGUAGAGCUACAUACCGAAGACGACAGUAACGCAAAAUUUUCAGCCCACAACCAGAAUAAUAAUGGACAAGCAAAACAGCCAUCUUUAAGAGGGAAUCAGAGUGACCACACAGAUUAUAACCAGUUACAGACCACUCCAAGUUUCCAAAAACAUGUUGCCAAAAAACUUUCACAGAUCUUAGAUCAGGAACUAGAAUUUUCUGAAUGCUACUCCGCACCUGAUGACCUUCAUACCCUCAGUGACUCAGGGAUUAAACUGUUAUCCACAUCAAAAGACUAUAUCAAACUGAAUGAAGCAAUUUCCGUGAAAAAACGUCCACUCAAAAAGACCCAUUACAGAAGUAGCAGCAGUAAUAGUGACAGCAGUGAUGAAGAUGCCAAAUUUGCAGAAGCUGCCACAUCAUAUAAUGCUAUCAAGCUGAAGGAUCAACUUCUGUCAGCAUUUGAUGCAUCAAUACAAAAAACUGGAAAUGAUUCCAAAGCAAAACAAAAGAAAAAGAAAAAAAAAGUGAAAAAGGAAAAAGACUGACAAAAAAUAUUGCAAUGCUGAAACCCAAAAUGGAGUAAGAUGUUUAUGUACUGGAACAAUCUUCAAUAAUUUCUAAUGUGAUAUUUUUAUACAUCUAUAUACAAUGUCAAAGAGGAAUAAAAUUCCUAACACUUACACACAAAGUUGUUAUUACGAAGUUGGUAAUAGAGAGGUAAAGCAUGGAUAAGCUGCCUUGUCGUAUUCAGUCAUGUCAGUUUAUGUUCUGAGUACAAAUUUUGUCCGGGUAGGACUAUUACCCAAUGUGAAGUUUUUUUCAGCUGCAAUAAAACAGUGUUUUCUCUA